AUGGGUAACUCAAGUUCUUCCGGAAAGUCUACUAAACCUCUGGUCACUAAACAAGAUGAGGCAAUUUUGCAAAUGAAAAUACAAAGAGAUAAUAUAAAAAAAUACCAACGACGAAUUCGAACUGUACUAGAUAGAGAAAGAGAAAUCGCAAAAGAAUGCCUGGCUAAGGGCGAUAAGAAUCGUGCGUUGUUAGCUCUUCGAAAAAAAAAGUAUCAAGAGCAGCUUUUAAUACAAACUGAUAAGCAUUUAGAGACCUUAGAAGAUUUGACUCAAAAUAUCGAGUUUGCCAAAAUACAAAAAGACAUAGUUUUUGGAUUAGAACAAGGAAAUAAGGUUCUAAAGGAGAUCAAUAAAGAAAUGACAAUCGAACGAGUUGAAAAAAUUAUGGACGACAGUGCGGAAGGUAUUGCUUAUCAAAAAGAAAUAUCAGAAAUGCUUGCCCAGAACAUUAGUAAUGAUGAUGAGAUAGCGGUACAAGAGGAGUUAGAGGCUUUGGAAAAAGAAGAAAUUGAAAAGAGUUUACCAAUAAUGCCCAAGGUUCCUAGUACUAAAUUGAAUGAAGCUCCAAGUUCUCACCAAAAUGAAGAAGAGAGUUACGAAGAUACCGGGAAACAGCCUAUUUUAGCUUGA